ACCCUAAAUUUUGAUAGUUUUAAACCCCAAAAAACAACCCUGAACAAAAGUGGCCCCCAAAAUGUCCGUUUGGUUCUAAUCUCCUCCGCCGUAACGACCGUCAUCGCCGCCGUCAUGAACACCAUCCGCCGAGCAAUCACCACCGAGCGAAACCGCCUCCUCAAACUCACCACUCCAUCAAUCAUCCAACAACAACACUCAUUCUCCACUACCGGUAAAACCAAAAGCACUAUAAAAACCCUCAAGUUCUCCAAAACCAGUGCUCCGGAACUAAAACCACCGUCGAAAACUACUACAGCAUCAACGUUAAACGACGCCGUUGUGAAGGAACCGGUGACGUGGCCAAAACCUAGCGAGAUACCGUGGCAAGCGAAGGUGGUUAAUUCGGUUAAUUUGAUCGGGCGGGUUAAGAUUCCGGUUCAGUUUGAAGCUUCUUCUGAUGGUAAAAGUUGGGCCGGUACUAUUGUGUCUCAAGAUGAUGGUUCUGAAUCGUCCGGUUCUAUGACGUCAUUCUGGAUUCCAGUAAUAUUUGAAGGUGACCUGGCACAUAUUGCAAUGUGCCAUCUGAAGGAAAAGGAUUAUGUUCAUGUAGCUGGUCAUUUAAGCGUCGAUGUUCCACCAUUUAAAUUAAGUGAAGUUCAAGCUAAUGUCCAGGUGAUGGCGCAUAGUAUCGAGUUUGUGCAAAAUUCUCAAUCAAAGAAAAUAUCUACGUCAGGCGAGCUGGAUAGGGGCACCACUAAGAACUCAGGGGAUGUGGCAUUUGAAGAAGAGAAUUAUGCCAAGUUACGUGAUGAUUCCAAAUCAUCUCCAGUCCGUAACUUUAAAGAUACGAGACAUUUGCAAUCUGAUCAUAAAGUUGAUAAACAAAGCUUUCAUGCUUCAUGGAGGGAUCUUAUGACUAAUUCCAAACUGUGGGUUGAUUAUCGUGAAAAGAAGAGCAACGGCUUGGUGAAACCGAAUUACCCAGACUUCAAACACAAAGACACCGGUGCUGGGCUGUGGCUUAACAAAGCACCAGUCGGGGUUUUACAAGGGCUUGGUCAGUUAGAAUUUUUUGGUACUCCUAACCGUACUCCUAACAGUACUCCUAACAGUACGCCAAAAAAGGGUGAAAAGGGCGCUGAUUCUUGGAAACAUUUGAUUGAAAAUCCUAAAAAAUGGUGGGACAACAGAGUGGAUAAGAGAAAUGUGAAGGGACCGGACUUUAAAAACAAAGAUACCGGUGAAGCUCUAUGGCUUACAGAUGCACCCUCCUGGGCGUUAUCCAGCUUGCCACCUUUGGCUGCUAAAACCGUUGAUGUAAAUACGAAAAAGAAAUGGGCGCCUUAUUAAUUUCAAGAUCCAAAUCUGACAAUGGAAGAUGGUAGAUCUGUUUUUUUUUUUCUUAUUUAUAUUUUAACUCGUAUUGUUUAAAAAGGUAAGGAACUUUUUUAACGUCUGUAUAUUUGAUCGUUCAUAUUUAUGAUGGAUGAAGUUAAUGUGGUUACACCCAUUUUGCGAA